AUGCCGUCGAAUUUGAAGAAACGGUCCCCCAAUCCCGCAACGCCUUCGCCAGCGUUUGGGUUGCUGGAGCCAUUAUUAGCGGUGCCGCCACUGACAGCAGUGCUGUUGCCAGCGUUGGUGCCAAGCUUCAGUCGCAACGCACAGCGUGAGCCACUCGUGUUGGACACCGUGAAGCGUGCCCCAACACGUGCUGCUGGCGGGCCACCGUCUGGUGCUGCCACCGCAGCACUGCUGUUCGCACCACUCCCCUGCUGGUGCUGGUGCUGGUGCUGGAGUUGGUGCAGUGGCACCAGUGGCGGAACUUGCACGAGGCCGAAGCUCCAAGAGUCAGGGCUCACAUCAAAUGUCUCUGCCUUGGUGACGGUUGCCUUCAUUGUCAUGAUGACCUCAUUGGAGGGGUCGAGCACGUUGACGAGCUGA